UCCGGCGCUUUGCAGAGCGCAGCCGCGCUUUCUCAUCAGCUAUUCACCCCGAGUAUCACCAGAUUGGCUUUAGGCAUUGUGGCGAUGCGUUGCUUGUCCCCGGCCCGGCGUCAGCCGGGCUCGAUAUUUUACGUGGAGAAGAGGCCGGAUCCCCGGACACCAGAAUGGAAGGAAGCCGCUUACUCCGUGCGUUGGGAGGAAUUUGUCGCUCAUGGAGCUUGCGUCACAUGUCUUGCGUUGGGUCGAAAAUCUGGAAGAGUGAUGGUAACUGGAGGAGAGGACAAGAAAGUCAACCUCUGGGCAGUGGGCAAAUCCAAUUGUAUCAUGAGCCUUAGUGGGCAUACAUCGCCUAUAGAAUGCGUGAAAUUUGGUCAGUGCGAAGAUAUCGUUUGUGCUGGUUCUACGAAUGGAGCUAUUAAAAUAUGGGAUCUGGAUGCAGCAAAAAUAAUUCGUACACUUCUCGGCCAUAAGGGGAAAGUGAAAUGCGUCGAUUUUCAUCCGUACGGAGACUUUGUCGCUUCGGGAUCUUCUGACAGCAAUAUUAAACUCUGGGAUAAAAGAAGAAAAGGAAGCAUAUUUACAUAUAAGGGUCACAACAAAUCCGUCAAUGCCUUGAAAUUUAGCCCCGACGGUAGAUGGAUUGCAUCCGGAUGUGAUGAUGGCAUUAUUAAAAGUUGUUUUAUUCGAUGCUAAGUGACGAACUACCUGUUAGUAUAAGAGUCUGUAUUAUAAGUUCAUCGUGCAGUGUCCAUGCCUGAAACGUCUCAUGUUUAGCUACCAUCUGUCUACAACCAGCAGAUACCAUUUCUUUGUAUUCCUUAGCAUCUAGCCCUUCUUCGGGAUGAUAUGCUUUUGAACGUCUCUAAAUACACUCCCAAUGCUGUGCUCUUAGAGUACCAGGAGUUGCUUAUCCUACACAU